AUGGACCCGCCUGAUCCCGGUGUCCCGGCCUCGCCACGGCCGAUCGAGGGCUCGGUAGCUCAGGAACGAAUUGAGCAGACCGAUGGCCCCGCGUCGGACGAACUAGGGGUACUGCGGGCGGGCCUCAUGAAUGCCAAAGCCCGGGCGGACGGGCCGGAGCCAGACCACCGUGUGGACAAGGACUUGUUGGACGAUAUUCACCUCGAAAGGCGAGACACCGACGAGAGCUGUAUCUCUCAGUUUUACCCCCAGCGAACCAACACCGGCUGGUCUUACGCUGGGUCCACGGCUACCGACCUGACGGACUUAAACAGUCCAGAUAUCGUCUUUGCUGGCGACUUGGAAGCCGCCGACAGCGAUUUUGAACCUGCUUCGUCCUCCCCACGGCGAGGCGCUUUUUUCCCUCGGCCAACAGCAUUUCAGAAGCGCCUACCCAUCCGGGCCCCGCCUUCGCCCUCCGAAACCGACAAACCUGGGGGUGCACCGGGCCCCCCCAAUGCAUCGCCCGAACCUUCCGUCCCACGUCACCGUCGGUUGGAGGAGAUAAUUCCACGCAAGUCAAGCCUCAGUAAAUCCGUGUCACCCGGCCCGGGCGGGCCUGCUCAAACCACGCAGAGAGAUGAACUACGGGUUGCUGAAUCUUUGCUAGAGGUGGACGAAGAGGAUGAAGAAGAGGAUACCAGAGGUGUGACUGGGUUUGACCGGCCUGUGGCGCGACACUUAGAAGUGGAACAUGAGGAAGAUGACGCACCAACACCUGGACGCACCACCCCGGACGGGGUGGGAUUAGUUGGCCUUGAAGCUUCGGUGGGCACAGUGACCCCUCGUGAGCGACUGAGCUCGAUUAGUAGCGGCAUAUCAGAGUCGUCGGCCGGCCAUGGCCAUCAGCAACCAACAUCAGGCCCGGGCGAUGAUUUGGUACACUCGGUGUGCGAUGCCCUUCUGUCCCGGGCGUUCGGCGUCGAACUUCAUGACCUCGCUGCUGUGGGGUCAGCCUCGGAUGCUUACGAUGCUGUGAGCUACUGCUUGGAUGAGCUUUCUCGCAUCGUUGGAAAUACUGGCCGUGGCAGGACAGGCCCGGCGAUCAGCGAGUCAACGCUAGGCGAUGCCGGUCAGAGGACAAUCCCAAUAUGGUCGGGCGGAGGGGCAUGGGCUGGAGGCAAUGGGGGCGGCGGGGGUCGGGGCAACGGGAAUUCUGGCCGGAAACGCUCCAAUGCUGGACACGACGACUCGGGGUCCGGGGAUGGUGCCGGUGAUUGUAGUCCUGGUGCUGGGAAGCGACAGAAGAUUUCAACUGCGGGCCACCAGGCUACCGACCUGCAGUUUAGCUGCCCCUUUCGCAAGAGGAACCCGGUGCGGUUCAAUGUCAGGGAGUCCCAGAGUUGCGCCGUCCAGCCCUUCCCGGAUAUGCCCCAGCUCAAACGACAUGUCAAGAAUUUCCACAAACAAUCGGCCACGCUCCCUUUCACCUGUCAGCGGUGUAGGUGUGCCAUGGGCUCGCAAAAGGCCUUAGACGACCACAUUUCUGUUGGCCGGGACCUUAUCUGCGACCCCCAGGCAGUACCGUCGAGCGCAGACCCAGAAGACGGCAUCACGGCAGGACUUGAAGAGGCCCUGAACGGGCGCAAGGCGGGUAGCAAGAUUGACUCCUGGGAGAGUUUGUGGAACUUGCUUUUCCCAAAGGAUCACGAGAUUCCUGAGCCUGAUUUUAUGCCCCCGGUCGAACUUGAUGAGGUUUACGCACGUUUAAACACCGGUCAGGUCGACUUCCAGCUGGAGUUGCGGAUCCAGGAAGCGCUGGAAUUGUAUAGCGACGCCAGAACAGUGCUUAACAUCUUCAGGAACCACUUAGACUCGGUUUUCGAAGCUUGUCGGAUCAGACCUGGGGGCGCUGCCAACCACCGCAGACGGUUGCGCGUCCAAACAUCGCGGCAGCUCGCUGUCCGCCAGGACACUGCACGACUCAUCCCUGGACGGCAAGGCUCGGGGCACUCUGAUAGUAGCUUGUCUUCGCCCAUUGCUACCCCUAAUAGCAACGGCGUCCUGGGGGGGCAUGCCGAGCUGAUGGCAGCGCCAGAGGUCCGACCACACCUGGCUCCGCCGUCGCCAUCGCCGUCUCUUGGUUAUGGUGGGACGGGUGCCAGCGACGUUAGGUCCCUGGGAACGGGCUUGUCUUUGGGCGGCGGCGCUCCGAGCCCGGGCGCAACCAGCCAAGGAGGAGGUGGCCAGAUUGGGAAACACAUUACAGCCCCGCCGGCAUUGACGCAAGUUGGCCUGGGGUUCGACAGCCUGGGGCAGAACGUGGGUGGAAUGGCGGCGGACCAAUUCGGGCAGUUGGCCCAUCUGGCCCAACAGGGGCAUUCCAACGCCCCAAGCCCCUUUUCCAACCAACAGGCCGCCGAGUUCCGGCCUGAUCUCUCAUUGGACACCCACAAUGUCUUUGCCAACUUCAACUUCGGGCCGUCGAUGGACGAUCUCGCGUUGCAGACCAUCACAGGGGACAUGCAGGACAUGCAGGACAUGCAAGAUCCCCAGGGCAUGCGGGGAAUACAAGGGCAGGUGUACUCGCCUUCGGUGAUUGUUCCGGCCAUUACGAACACAUUGUUCCGCAUGUCGGAGACGGAUGAUGAGGGUUUUGAGGUGGUACGUCGGGGCAGUGAAUGGAUGUGA